AUGGCGGACCCACACGCGGGAGGGCCCGAGCCCCCUCGCACAACCACACCCGGAACGACAACGACCAACGCGUUGGAUAACUCUAAUUCGACUACUGCGCCUCGGACCAGAAGACAGGCCCGGCCCAGUGAUGGCCACACCACCGCAACGCGUUCUGAGACCACGAGCUCCGGAGACAACAAUGGACGCGUCACGACCCGGGACAUCUGCCGACUGAUCGAAGGCUUAAAAGAGACGAUCGCCUACCAAACCGAGCUCAUCCAGUCCACCAAGAACGAACUGCUAGAAGUGAAGCACGACCAGAACGUCCUGCAGACGCAGAACGAGAAACUCCACGAGGAAGUUCGAGCUUUGCGGACGCAUAUUGAUGCCCUCCCACCACCACCGACCGCAAAAUCAUGGGCCACAGUAGCAGCGAGUCACCCACCUUCUCAAUCAAACCACCAGCGCCCAGACAAGGACCAAGACUGCGUCCGAAUCAGCACCCAGCGCUCCUUCGUGGAUCCUAGAGACAAUGAAAGCAACGAACCAAAUACCUUUGGGCGAUAUCUCCCAACGGAGACCGCAAACAUCCAAAUCCGCACGGCGCUGUCGAACUCACCGUCUACACACGACGCCCAAGUAGCCGGGGUUGGCACCACCAAAACUGGAUAUGUCAUCCGGAAACAACACGAAAUUGGUCAAGGCGCGGUUCGGCGUCGUGAUACACCGGACCCCACGGAGGGUUUUGACCUCGAGAACGCGAACGCACAGGCGAUUGAGAAAAUCAUGAAAGAGAACGACCUAACCGAGCUAGGACCCCGGAUCAAGGAGGUGGCUUGGCUUAAGAAGAAAGACAAGGCACUAGGGAAGUUUGCCUCCCUAGGCAUCUGGUUCGACACCGCGGAAGGAGUUGAUUACAUUCUAGGCAAGGGCUUCCUGAAACGCCGCGAUGUGGACACUGCGCUGGCCAACACGAGCGAGAACGGUGCCCCCCGGGUGUGA